AGGAGAAGGAGGAGGAGACUAUGGGGUUUAAGAUUGCCAUAGAGAAGACCUAGAGGAGGGCUAAGAAAAUAUAUACACAGAGAGCGAAGGUCAAGAAGGUGAGCAAGGGUACCAAGCAGUGGUUCCUUUGGUGGAACAUGGACUAAAUGUCAACUCAGCUUUCGUUUAGAGAGAUGAUUUUUACUGCAAGUCUUUUUUCAUUUCUAGUUUUAUCCUACAAAUCCACUGGUUACAUCUUUGGUGUGUUAAGAGAAGACAAAAAGAUGUGGAUGUUCCAGAAGCUUCUGCUGCUUCUUCUCUUUGGAAUCGUCGGUACUGAAUGUCGCACCCAGAAAUUCAUUGUGGCCGUUUUCCGCCACGGCGAUCGAUCGCCCAUUGAGGCCUAUCCCAGGGACCCUCACGGAGAGGAAGUCUGGGCCCAGGGCUUCGGACAGCUGACUGAGCUCGGGAUGAGGCAACAGUUUGAUCUGGGCAGGUUUCUGAAGAAGCGCUAUGGGCAAUUCCUCAGCAACGACUACAACAGCAAAGAGAUGUACGUGCGGAGCACAGACUAUGACCGUACCCUUAUGAGUGCCCAGGCCAACCUGGCUGGCAUGUUCCCCCCUAACACACGCACCCCUCCCAUCAUGCCCCAGUUACCAUGGCGGCCCAUCCCAGUGCACACCAUCCCCAGAGCCCAGGACAAGCUGUUGAAAUCUCCAAGCAAACACUGUCCCAGGUUCAGAGACCUGAUGACUGAUGUCUCGGACAGCAAACCAUACCAGACGUUCCUCAAGACCCAUGAGAACUUUAUCCAGAAACUUGCAAACUACACUGGCUAUCCUGUGUCCAAAUUGGUGGGCAGAAAAGUCUGGAGAGUCUUCGAUACUCUCACAUGCCAGAAGAUCCACAACCUGACCCUUCCUGGCUGGGCCACACAGGAAGUGUUGCACACCCUGAAGGAAAUGUCAUCCUUUGAGGUCACAUACAGCAUGCUCAUUCACAAGAGAAGGGAGAAGGCAAGGCUUUCAGGAGGGGUCCUAAUAAAUGCCAUCCUAAGAAACUUCAAUAAGGCAAUGGAGGAAGGGAGCAGCCUCAAAUUCAUCAUGUAUUCUGCAGACGACUCCACCCUCAUCACCCUGCAGGCUGCACUGGAUAUCUACAACGGCCUGUUUCCUCCCUAUGCUGCCUGUCAACUCUUUGAGUUCUAUCAGGAGCAUGAUGGAUCAUAUUCCCUGGAUUUAUACUACCGCAACGACUCAUCCCAUGACCCGUACCCGACCCCCGUGCCUGGUUGCCAGAUGAACCCCUGCCCUUUGACCCUAUUCACUGGGGCGGUUAAGGACGUCAUGACGGAUGACUGGGAGUCUGAGUGUGGUCUUGUGGAGUCGUGGUCAAAGACAGGGAUCAUUGCAGCACUUGCAGUUGCAGUGGCAGUCCUGGUGGUGGCGCUGUUGAUCAGUACAGGACUAUUAAUCUGCAAGAGAGGACACCGUUACUCUAGAAAGGUGUAGGACGUAAUCCUCCAUGCUUGUGGUGUAGUACACUGAAUGUGCUGAUGUAGUGCUCUACCAUAUUCAUUUUUUCUUAUCUUAUUUGAUCUUAUCAUAACAUCUUUGGGCAUUUUUUAUGUGUUUUUAUUAUCA